GAAAGGGGCGCCUGUAUCCAGCGUAUAGCCUGAGCGGAUCAGAAGGAGAGGACUCGCCGCGCAGAUACGGCUCCCAGCACACGUACCAGCACCCUCUCUAUCAACAGCCCGCAGGCCUCAGCGACACCCCCACCUCCGAGAACGCUUCGGACGCCACCCUCACCGAUUCCGAGCUGGCUCUGGCCAGGGAUUCCACACUGCUCGUACACAACG